AUCAGCAGCUGCGAAUGUGGUUGCUUCUGCAAUUCUUGGAAUCCAUUUCCUACUUCGCUGGUAAGGAGGCAGAGGCAGAGUCGUGCGCAGAUUCGAAGCGCCGCUGACAGAUUAUCAGAUGGAGGUCCUAGAGGGUAAUGAUGCUUCCCUGUGACUCACUGUGACUCAGCGCAGCAACCUUGGCUCUCGUGUGAAGGUAAAUAUUUACUGCUCACCUGGGUCUGGGCUACAGAUUGUUACAUAAAUUGCUAGAAGUCAUUUGUGUAAAAGUGACUCAAAACUAGAAAUGGAAGUUAGGCAAGUUGGGCCCCUCCCCAAAGCCUGCAUUUCACUGCCCUCCUGGCCCAACACUGUGUGAUGACGGCAGGCUCUGGAAGGAAGACACCGUGCACAGGACAACAGAGGACGUGCCCGUCUGCUGGCAGCAGCCCACCACCAGCCACGAACAGCUGGAGGGUGAUGCCCCUGGACACCCAUCAGGUGGUCCUUGGAAAAGUCCCACUUGGCUCACAGAACUUCCACUUCCUCGUAUGGGGGUCUUGGCCUCACCCGACCUCUUCAGGGUAUCUGCGGAGGAUGCACAGCCCCCACAAACUAGCACGCCUGCUGACCUCUCCUCCUGUCCACUGGGUCCCUCUCGGUCAUCAGUGGAACGUCAGGACAUGCACAGGUUUUGGAUGAACCUCAGGAAGGCUCGGCUGUGGGAGAAGCACCAGGUUGGCCGUGCAUGUGCACCCUGAACACUUGGCAACAUUGGGACACCUUGAACAGGACGGGGACGCACCCAGAGCUCUUGUUCUGGUGACCCUGGUGACAGGGAAGGACAGAGCAGAGCUAUGGGGUGUGGAGGGAGUCAUGCCAGGGAGGACAGCACGGAGGUGAAUCAGGCGGGAGCUGGAGCACAGGUGCGGAGGGAAGAGGAAGGAGUAGACGCUGGAGCUGAGGGUGGCCGGGGCCGGGGGAUGGCACAGCUGGGCCCAGAGAGCGUCAGCAUGAACUGUGGGGACAGCGGGAGCGCACCGGACAGGUCUCUGCGGAGACCAGACACUUGGGAGCAGCCCCGACUCCCUCACGUGUGUAUCCUGCCCUCCAGCAGGCUCUGUCCACCGCUCCACCCAGUGCAACCCCGGGACCAGCCAUUUCCCGCCCUCCUGCAGCCUCCGCCCAGAGGGUCUUCCUCCAAAACAGAGGCCUCGCCUCCCCCCCUCACCCCAGGGGUCACCUGCCCACCUCCAGGCCCCUUCACAGCGGCUUCCUCGGGCCGGCCCGGAGCAGCACCCACCCAGCCCUGCCUCGCCCCAACUUCUCUCCAAGGGGCCUGCUCCCUGAAGGGUCGCCUGUCCUGUUCCCCGCUGAAGUGUUCGGAGCUCGCAGCAAGUGUGGAAACCACAUCGGCUGGUAAGGAUCGAUGAAGGUGCAGGUGGACAAAGCCAUUCAAAACUGGAGACUUGCUCUCGCCAUCACUGGCGUCCCAGCUUUCUCCUCUUUGAUUAAAUGUUUUUUUUUAAAGUAAUAUGUGUGCAUAAUGUAACCGUGAACUAGUUCUACGGGAAAGAUGAAAGUGCCUACCCUUUCCCACUCCCUGGAGGCCGCACUUUUAAGCCUUAAGCUGUGGCAUCGGCAUUUAUCUGUGUACUGUUGAUGACAUGCACAGCUACUUCUGGAUUUUUCCAUUUUGUCUUACCUUCCUGAAGCAGGUGAGCUCAGUGGUUUACAGCACAGACUUUAGAACCCAAUUGCCUGGGUGGUGACUUCAGGCAAACCACCUAACCUCUUGCUCGACUGUAAAAAGAAGUAAAACAGCAGCCUGGCUGCUCCGUGAGGUCGUACCGCCGGUGGUCCCGCAUGCCCUGGUGGCUGUGGUCAUCACUGCCACCGGUGCCCUGAGGACGCAUGCCCGCCUUGUCCCCGACCCUCCAGCGGACUCCCAUCAGUGUUCGCUCAGACCCACACUCAGUUCAGCAGCAGAACUAUGUAAACACUGUUCUCAGAUAAGGCACACAGUGUACUAUCAUUAACUUCCUUUCUUGGACAACUUUUCUGUUUUCCUUGGAAUUAAAAAUUGCUUGUAGCUUCCUCCCCCCCCCCCUUUGCUCAAGUUUCUCUGACACUAAUUCAGCCUCACAUUUUCAGAAAGUGCUGUAAGAAUCCUUUCAGCCUUGACCACUGUUAAAGAACAAACACUGAACUCAGGAAGUGUGAGGAUGGCAUUGCCUUGAUGUGUAGGUUGGGCGGCCCCUAUCUGGCACAUGGAGGGGCGCUCCAAGGACUUGUACCAGAUGGAAGGUUUUCACAGGACUGCAGCAGUGGCGGUGGCAGUGGCGGUGGGGCAAGAAAGUUAUUAGCAAAAGAACAGGAUUGCUCCGGGCAAGGUCACCUUCCCUUAGAGGGGAGCCAGGCAGUCUCACCAGGUGGGUUACUUCCUGUUCUCUGGGCGACGGACAGGGCC